CUUCCUCGAGUCAAACUUAAAUACAGAAACCAUUAUGAGUAUGAGAGAGAAGUUGAAAAAUAAAGGAAGAUACCCUCACAUUUUUUUUUCUCUCUCUAAAACAUUCUUUUCUUUUCUUUUCACUGAUCCUUGAAUCUGGUAAGACUCAACUUCAACCAUAACUGUUUCAACUUUGAUCUUCCUCCAUAUCACAGUCCCAAAAGGAGAUUUUUUUUUUAUUUUUAAAAAAGACCCACCUUAAAAAAAAAAAAAAGAAACAGUGGUCUUAUUUUCUUUGACUGCACCACAAAUUGUGGGGUGUCUUCAAAAUCAUUGCUUUCUCACUUUUGUCUGCCAAAGUUAGGGUCUUUAGAAUUAGCGUUUGCACAGUCCAGCUUUUGGAGAUUUAUGAUUAGGGUUUUUGGAGGGGAGAGGGAUUUUGGGGGGUGAUUGGAUGGUGAGAAAUUGAGGGAAAAUGUGGUUGGUGCAAGUGGGGGGAGUAAAUGAGAAAUUUUGAGAGAUGGGGUGUGCGUUUGGAAGAGAGGCUUCGAGGGAGGAGAGGAGAGAGGAAGUGAGAGAGGCAAAAGCUGAGGAGGAGGGUAGAGGAGAGGUUGUUGAGAAUGAGAACAUUGAGAAGGAGGGUGGAAGAGAGGAGAGGAGGACAAGGGCAAGGGGAGAGAGGAGGCGAUCUUCGAAGCCGAAUCCGAGGUUGAGCAAUCCUCCUAACCAUGUUCAUGGUGAGCAGGUUGCAGCAGGGUGGCCCUCUUGGCUCUCUAAGGUUGCUGGUGAGGCUAUCAAUGGAUUGACCCCUCGGAGGGCCGACACUUUUGAGAAGAUUGAUAAGAUUGGGCAAGGUACAUACAGCAAUGUUUACAAAGCUAGGGAUACUUUAACGGGGAAAAUUGUUGCUCUAAAGAAGGUCCGUUUUGACAAUUUAGAGCCUGAGAGUGUCAAGUUCAUGGCCAGAGAGAUUUUGAUUCUCCGGCGUUUGGAUCAUCCCAAUGUCAUCAAACUGGAAGGCUUAGUGACUUCUAGAAUGUCAUGCAGUUUAUAUCUUGUGUUUGAAUACAUGGUGCAUGAUUUGGCUGGACUUGCCACAAACCCAGCAAUCAAGUUCACAGAGUCUCAGGUAAAAUGUUACAUGCAUCAGUUAUUUUCUGGACUGGAACAUUGUCACAACCGUCAUGUGCUGCAUCGUGAUAUAAAGGGGUCGAACCUUCUUAUUGACAAUGAUGGAAUUCUCAAGAUUGGUGAUUUUGGAUUAGCUUCCUUCUUUGAUCCUAAUCACAAGCACCCUAUGACCAGUAGAGUGGUUACUUUAUGGUAUCGACCUCCAGAACUUCUUCUUGGGGCCACUGAAUAUAGUGUAGGAGUGGAUCUCUGGAGUGCUGGCUGCAUUCUUGCUGAAUUGUUGGCUGGAAAGCCUAUUAUGCCUGGUCGAACAGAGGUGGAGCAGCUACACAAGAUAUUCAAACUAUGUGGUUCUCCUUCUGAUGAAUAUUGGAAAAAGUCAAAGUUGCCUCAUGCUACCAUUUUUAAGCCCCAACAAUCAUACAAGCGAUGCAUUGCAGAGACAUAUAAAGAUUUUCCUCCAUCAUCUCUGCCACUUAUGGAUACCCUUCUCGCAAUCAAUCCAGAUGAACGUUUGACUGCCACUGCUGCAUUGCAUAGUGAAUUCUUCACAACAAAACCAUAUGCUUGUGAGCCCUCUAGCCUUCCAAAAUAUCCUCCCAGCAAGGAGAUGGAUGCAAAGCUACGGGAUGAAGAAGCUAGGAGAUUGAGAGCAGCUGGUAAAGCUAAUGCUGAUGGUGUCAAGAAAUCUCGUCCACGUGAGCGAGUUGGGAGGGGAAUUGCAGUUCCAGAGGCCAAUGCCGAACUGCAAGCAAAUAUUGAUAGACGACGGCUGAUCACACAUUCAAAUGCUAAGAGCAAGAGUGAGAAGUUUCCUCCUCCCCACCAAGAUGGAGCUCUAGGCUAUCCUUUGGGUUCUUCACAUCACAUGGAUCCAGUUUUUGAUCCCCCUGAUGUUCCAUUUAGUUCUACAAACUUCUCACAACCUAAAGCAAAUAUCCAAACCUGGUCCGGCCCAUUGGUAGAUCCUUCUGGUGUGGGCGUGCCGAGGAGAAAGAAGAAACAUGGCAAGUGAUGAGCAUCAUAUACAAUCAAAUUCAUCAAAGGAGGACUCAAAAAAGAUAGGAAUGAGUCGGGAGUCAAAGAAAUAUUCUUGUAGUAUAACACCAAUCAAUUUUUUUGAAGUAUUCAUGAUGAAGCUGCAAAUGUUGCUGAGUUGAUGUCAGUCCUCUAGUUGCUAAAGGCAUUGGAGGUAAACCAAAUUGUAUUUUCCUGCUUCCAUUUCUUUCUCAAUGAUCAAAGGUUUAUUCUCUAUCUUGUAUAUCUUAUUUUUUUUUUCUUCUUGAACUACAAAGUUUAAUUAGGUUAGAUGAAUAUCUAAUAAAUAGGUUUUGGGAACAGUAUUGGCAAUUUAUAUCUCUCCCUAAUUUUUUUCCCAUUUAAUUUCUACUUUCCAGAAGCCUGUGAACUGUGCAGUACUUAUACACAGCAUUCUUUUAAAUUUUUUGGU